AAGCCGCGCGAGGACCUGACGUUACUUCAUUGAUUCUGAGGAGAAGUAAACACACACACACACACACGCGCGCACACACACACACGCGACAUGAUCUGGACCAUCUUUCUGCUCGUCCAAGCCGUCCUGCUGUAUUUUAUCCUCACAGACAGAUCGAGAUCCAAGAGCGAGCCCCCUCUAGACAAAGGGGUGAUCCCAUGGUUAGGCCAUGCCUUUGAAUUUGGAAAAGAUGCUUCCAAGUUCUUGAAUCGAAUGAAACAGAAACAUGGCAACAUUUUCACAGUGCGCGCCGCCGGGCGAUAUGUGACGGUGCUGCUGGAUCCGCACUCGUACGAUGCAGUCAUCAACGACUCUGAGUCCUUGGACUUCACUCGCUACGCUCAGGUGCUCAUGGAGAGGAUCUUCGACCUGCGGCUCCCACAUCACCAGCUGGUUAAAGCCAAAGCGAUGAUGACAAAGCACUUUGUGGGAGGGAAUUUGGCCGCCCUUAACAGCACCUUGAGCAGACAUCUUCAGGCUUUGUUGAAAGCUGAGAUUUCUCAGAACCAGAAAGACUGGAAAGAGGAGGGACUGUUCCACCUGUCUUACAGCUUGCUCUUUAAGGCGGGGUACCUGACGUUGUUUGGAGGAGAGCAGAACAACAACAGCGCAGAACCCUCAAGUGUCUAUGAGGAGUACAAGAAGUUUGAUGUUCUCUUAACCAAAAUGGCAAGAGGCACUCUAAAGCCAGAGGAGAAGAGGACAGCUCAGGGUGUUCGGCAGAGACUAUGGGAGCUUUUGGCUCCAGCCGGUCUGACUGAGGACUCGGGGUCAAGCCCAUGGCUUCAAGCCUACAGGCAGCUCCUGCAGGAGGGGGACGUCAGUGAGGAGACACAGAAGAAGGCCUUGCUGAUGCAACUCUGGGCCACACAGGGUAACGUAGGUCCCGCUGCAUUUUGGCUGCUGGGCUACUUGUUGACAAAUCCUGAGGCCCUGGCAGCAGUGAAGACAGAGAUGGACACCUCAGAGACCGCUCUGCAGGACAGACCUGUGAACACCCCUGUGUUUGAUAGUGCCUUGGAGGAGACGUUGAGACUCACUGCUGCCCCCUUCAUCACCAGAGAGGUAGUGCAAGACAAGACCCUGCACAUGGCCGAUGGCCAAGAGUAUCUGCUGAGGAAGGGAGACAGGGUGUGCUUGUUCCCCUUCAGCAGCCCUCAAAUGGACCCAGAGAUUUAUGAAGAGCCACAGAAAUACCAGUACGAUCGCUUCCUGAAUGAUGAUGGAUCAGUGAAGAGAGACUUUUAUAAAGGAGGGAGACGGCUGAAAUAUUACACCAUGCCAUGGGGUGCAGGGACCAAUGGCUGUGUGGGAAAGCAGUUUGCCAUCAAUACCAUCAGACAGUUUGUUUACAGGGUGUUGACUAAUUAUGAUUUGGAACUGUGUGACCCAAAUGCUCAGAUGCCAGGGGUAAAUGCCAGCCGUUAUGGAUUUGGGAUGCUGCAACCAGAGGGGGACUUGCUCAUCCGAUAUAAACCCCGGAAAACACUCUAAGACUUUAAAAACAAACGAAACACAUGCUUUAAUGCACAUUUCAACACAUUCACAUUGUAUAUAGUGUGAAUAUGCUCUUUGUACUUUUGUAUUCUAUAUUUAUAGUGUGUAUUUAUAUCAUACAAUAAAGAAUUAUUUUUGAUAUUUAUCAAUAAAUGUGAAUAAUGCAUUGCACAGUAA